UGUCAGUCCACAAAGCAUUUUUAUCCUUAUUUAGAAUGAACUUGGAGGGUGUAGUCAGUGUUACUUCAUAACAUGCUCAUCAAAUACGCAUUUACAAUGUGUUGCAAUGGAAAGUAUCUUCUGCUUUUGUGAGUGACUGCUCUGUUGUGUGCUGGAAAAAAGUGUGUGUCCUAUUAACUGUUAUUGUGCAGAAGUCAGGAAAUUUCUUCACUGAUUCUGACCUAAUGUAUAUUAGACCUCUAGAGAUGCUUCAGAUCACUUUCUUCACCAUCAUCAUCAUUGCUGUACAACAUACUCACUCAGCUGAUGAUCUCUACUCUGCUGUGAUGCCACAGACAGUAACAGCUCUGACAGGCUCUUGUGUGCAGAUUCCUUGCACAUUCACCAUCUCCAAUUUUGAGGACAAACUUAAAAAGACAAAAUUUAUUAAUGGGAUCUGGCUGAAAAAUAAACAACAGUUUGAUCAUAGUGACAGUUUCAUAGCUUUUAAUAGCAGUAAAAACAUCAUUAGAGGAUUCAGUGACAUACAGAUAACUGGAAAUCUCACUGAGAGGAACUGCACAACUGUCUUCUAUAACAUCAUGAAGAAUCAUUCAGAUCUCUACUACUUCAGACUGGAAAUGGAGCCAAAUGUGUUCAGAGCAACAUUUAACCCCAAUCAACCUGAUUCAAGAAAGACUGUGAACAUCAGUGUCAUAAAUUCACCACAACCUCCUGAACUUAAACCCAAUGAUCAACGCUAUGUGAUGGAGAACACAACAGUCAAUCUGAGCUGCUCUGCUGAAGCCCCCUGCCCCAAACAACCUCCUACAAUAUCCUGGUCCAACAUCCCUGAAUCUGCCCACAUUACAACACAGUUACAGGAGAAACCUGAUAAAACCCAGUCAGUGUUUUCACACAUGAUCUUCAAAGCUUCAUACAUGGAUCACAGAAGGAACAUCUCAUGCACUGCUACAUAUCCAAGAAAAACAUCUAAUGACUCAACUGUGGAGACCACCGUGAUGCUACGAGUCCUGUUUCCUCCAAAAGAAACUCACAUCACCAUCGAUCCAUCUGCUUCAGUCUCUGUUGGCACUAAUGUGACUUUGACCUGCAAAAGCAAAGCUGUGCCAUUAAAUCAAAUGAGCUACACUUGGUACAAACGUGGAUAUGAGACGCCUAUAGCUCGGGGAAAGAGGAUUAGUUUCGUAGUAACUCAUAAUAAUACAGGAUUGGUCUUCUGCACUGCACAGAAUAAACAUGGAAAACAGUCAUCAGCAGAGAUCCAGCUCACAGCUGAAGGACAAGAUGGACUUUCUGUACCUCUGAUUGCUGGUUGUGUGGGAGGAAUUGUGGCAGUGCUCACUCUCUCUGCUCUUGGUUUUUGUACAAGGACAAAAAAAUUCAAUAAACCCAGUGACAAUGAGAAGGAUCCUUCUGGUCAGGUUAAUAUCACAGACGUGGAUUAUGUCAACACUGCCAGAAACAUCACGAUCAAUGAACAGAUUUCUGAUGAUGAAACAAUGAUCAUCUACUACGAAAACACUGACAUCCCAAAGCAGAAGAACUGCUGCAUCACAGAGACACACUUCAAACAUGAUGAAUACACAGAAAUAGAGUACAGAGUAUUUCAGGUUUUGUAGGCUCACUUAAGGCCAAUUCACACUGCACCGACAGACGCAGUUACCCCUGUUGGCAUCUGUCGGGUCAUGGAAUGUUUGAAGUGAUAUACUAUAAUCUGCUGAUUAUCUGUGCUGGACGCUGUCUGUCAGUGCAGUGUGAAUUGACCUACAAUGGGUAUAAAAAGUCAACACACCCCUGUUUAAAUUGCAGAUUUUUUUCUUUUUUGAUUUUUGAACAAAUUAAUCUAAGUAAUAAAUGUAAGAUUUUCUUCAAAAAAACUCUUAAGAAAAAUGUUUAAGGAAAAAAUGAACCUAAAAUUACUUAGAUGCAUUAAUGUGCACACUGUUUGCAAUUAACCAAAUACAUUCAAACUCUUACUAAAAAGUUUUCAUUUGAAUUAUGCUGAUUAACCCUUAAUAAAAAUCAACUCUUUCUGGA